ACGCUGAAUGAUGGAGAGUAGGGCGGCUCAUUAAUGGUGCCCAGCACUACACGACACUGAACGGGCAUGUUUACAUUUAAGUGUUCUUCCUCAGCUGGCAGCAUUGGGCAUGGUGUUUUUAAUAUAUGCUUCUCUCUGCAAGCCCUGACCUUCAACCUACUGCAGGGGGAAAACCUGACAGUGAGGGCUUAAAAGAUUGCAGCUUGCUGAUUUCCCCCACCAUACUGCACCGUUGUCCCAGUGGGAGAGAGGCCUUGAGAUGGCAAGGGGUCCCGUUUAAAGAAACUCCUGGAUUGUGGGAUUUGCAAGCUACGCAGCCCACUGCCACCAAUGGAUGCCAAGUUGCGAGAAGAUUUGUUCCGCAGGUAUGUGGCAUCUCUGGAGAAUCGGCUUGAGGAGGGAACUGGUGAAGGAAGAGGAGAUAAGCAAGGGGCUAAGACUGAGGAAGCACUUAUUUCUACUGCAACAGCACUGCUAGGCUCAUACCAGCCUGAUCCCGGGCAGCGUUUUCGCAUGGUUCGGUUCUAUGACAUAGCUGAGAACUCAUUGAGGACUCAGAGAGGAGCAAACUUGCGGACAUUGGAGACAGCCUUUGCAACGUUGGAAACCAUCUGUACCAACUUGCUGCUCUUUCCAUGGAAGAAGGAGUUCCGUUGCAUUAAGACCUUCACAGGGCCAUACGUGUACCAGUUGCAAUCGGUGAUAUGCGACGCAGACCUGCGUUCACUUCUACGUUCCAUGGGCUAUUCAAGAGACCAGGAAUUGCAGUACCACGUAAGAGACCAUCCAGGCGGAGCCUCCCACCUUCGACAGCUUGCCUUUGAACUGCUUCUCGCCCAGGCUGAAUGCCGUCUACUCAGCGAGGUGGUGUCCAUGUCUCGGGGUUUUGCCUCGGAGCUGGAGGCCGUGGAGGUGAGAAGGAACACCAGAGAAGAUGCAGCAGGGUGUGCUGACGCCCUCCGUCGACGAGAGAGCCUUACAGGAGACUUGUCCCGCCUGUCUGUGCGGCCAGUGGAUAUCGACCGUGCCCACCUAAGGCGAAGCGGUCGGCCGUCCAAGUCAGUGGAUGUAACGGACAGUGCAGGACACUGGCACCAAGCCAGCAAGCCAGUGUUAAAGGCUUCACUCAGUCUGCGCAAAGAGCCAUUGUUUGUUGACACAGAGGAAGACGUGAAGGAUGAAAUCAUCCGACCUAGCCCCUCGCUUUACCCUGUGGCAGCACCGCCCUCUUACAGCCCAGUGGCUGACUUCUUUCCUAUUCAGUCACCCCCGUCUGAGCCAUACUCCUACCACUUGUCCUCCUUGGAUGAGGUGGACUUAUACACUGAGCGGGGAUUGGGUGGCCACCAGAUGCCCUCUAGACCCCCGAGCCGGGAGCCUCGAGAAGCCCGGGACAGUUGGGUUCUGAAGGGGCACAUAAUGAAGUGCCAGGGCUGCGGCAUGGGCUACCCUUCGCUCUCUUGCCAGAGGUGCGACAUGAUCUUGUGUUCAUCCUGCCAUGCAGUGGAACCGACGCCUUGUUGCGGCUUCCAGGAUUACACUAAAACUUCCCGACCUCUGGAUGGCUACAUGCCCAUCAAGGAGAAGUUGUCCGUCUACUCCAACGCCCACUCGCACACUCACCCUCACCCUCAUCCACUCCCUCAUGCUCAGUCCCACUCGCUGUUGCUGGACAAAGCUGUGAUGAGCGCCAAGCUGUUUCCCAGUAAACCUGUGGGUUCGGGCAGCAGUCCGGUGGUCAGCUCUGUCAGUGGUGGCAGCAGCAGCAGUGGGGGUGAGCGGCUGAGUGUGGGCGGCUCCCGCUGUGGCUUUUGCAACAAGCCAGGGGCCUCUCACACCUGUGUGAACUGCUCCAAGGUGUCAUGUGACAUGUGCAUGAGCCUUUACGCCAGUGAUGUGUGCACCCGCAAAAAUCCUCAUCAUAACUUUGUGCCCAAUCAUCAACUCAAUUUCAAAUCCAGCACCAUAUCCCACCUCGUAUAUCGAUAGACCAGGAACACAGCCGUGCUACAGUUGUGCACUACACCUCUAUUGCUCCUUUUAUCUGUUUGUUUUCACCUUUGAUUUUUUUUAUGAUUAUUUAUUUAAUUCUUCCUACUUCCUUUCUCAGUUGGCAGUUGUUUGGUUUUGGUCAUGUGAUCUUGCAGUGCAUUUCCUGUCCCUCAGUAGCUCUACUUUAUCAAGGACAAAAAGGUGUUUGACCAGAGAAAUCCAUUCAGUAUCAAUGUUUGUUAACUUUGAAAUAACCAUGCAGCGUAAAGGAACUGUGAAAGUUUAGCAGAGACUUCACCCUGGAAUUGAAUCAACUUGAUUGAACUUCUCAAACUUGAACAAAAGAAAAAAAAAAAUAUUACACUGGACGUAUAUAGUAUAUAUUUUGAAUUGUGAAACUAUAGAUAUAAGACUUUUCCAGUUGAAUGGGGUUUCAGUUGUGAAUUUAUCAGAACUUCUAGUUGCUGUUAAGUCACUAUAUUGAGUCCUCUGACAAGAAAUGCCUUGUGGGUUUACCCCUAAGAAGUCAGCCUACGCUUUUCAAAAAUGCUGCUGUUGAAAGUAAAACCAUGAGGGGGCACUCCUGCCCUCAACAUGUUUUGCAAGUACCAUGAAUCUCUUCUUGGCAAAGUUCAUGCACAUACUGUAUGGUUAUGUUAGUAUAUAUUUUUUUCCUCUGUCCAAUUUACCUUUACAUUAUUGUAACAUGUUAAGAUUUGAAUUCAUUGAAAUGGAAAAUAAUUUAAUAUUUUGAUAUGUUGACUUUUUAGAAACAGUUUUAAGUUCAAGUUAUUUUUGUUAAUUCAUUGUACAUUAAAUUUAUGAUGGUGUGUACACAUACCAUGACAAACUAAAGUGUUACUACUGGGUGAAUGUCACAAAUGAUUGUAUGGGUCAUAUUUCACCUCAAAACUUAAAUAAUAAAUUUUAAUUUGCAUCAUGAAAAUAAUAUUAUUAUUAUUAGGGCAAUGAAAAAUACAGAAAUACAGUAUUUAAAAUCAUCUUUUAUGUACGGAGCCCCAUAAUGAAUUCAUUCCCAUGACUUACUAGUACGUCAGCAUGUUUUACUAAUUUGUUCCCUCAUUUUAAGUAAAUCAUGUGCAUGAUGUAAUAAUUCAUUCCCUUGUUUUAGUUAAAUCAAAACGAGGGAACAAAUUAGUUCAAUGUGUCCAUGAUUAACUAAAACAGGGUAACAGAUUUUUAAAAGUCAUGGGAAGGAAUGUAUAUGUACAUAUAUGUGUGUGUGUGUGUGUGUGUAAAUAUAUUAAAAUAUAGUUUUAAUAUAUUUACAGUGUUGGCCCAUUUUUAUAUAGUUAAAAAUGGGCCAACACAGGCUUCAUUUUCUUUAUGUAGAAUAUUAUUUCUUGCAGGAUUUUUUUCUUUUCUUUUUUUAAAUUCUGAAGUAAAAUAUGACUUGGACAUGUUUUUUUUUUGUGAAAUUCACCCUAAAGUUGGCCUGAUUUAUAUUCUUCCCUGAAGAUAACACUAAUUAAAAUUAUGUAUAAUUUC